AUGUCUCGCGCCGUUCCCCCUGUGUAUUUGACGCGAGAGCUUUGGGACGAGAAGGCCGCUGGCCGUGCUGGGCCUGGAGGGCCUCAAGGACCUGGCGGACCUGGGGGGUUCGGAGGACCUCAAGGGCCUGGUGGACCGGGCGGAUUCCGGGGACCGGGCGGACCUCCUCCAGGACCUCAAGGACCUCCACCAGGCCAGUACGGUGGCUAUAACCCGGGGCCUGGAUACGGCCAGCGAGGAAACCCUAACCAACCCCCACCACCCGGUCCAUAUGGCCCAGGACCGGGAUAUGCGAUGAUUUUGUUAUACUUCCUGUUUCUUUUUCUUUUUCUUUUCUCUCUUGUUUCGUUUGUGAAAGUUUAA